UGAUAUUAACAUAUGAUUGGAUGGUUUGAAAUGAGACCGCAGUUUACAAUAUGUUUGCAACAGAUUUCAUAUUAAAACUAUUGUAACAAAUGUUUACAAACUGUUGACAACAUAUCAAUUGAUUUUAUCUGAUUGUCGACCAUUAGGUGACACACAUUACCAUCAAUACAAUGAAUUCAAUCGAUAGGUUGCAUCUUAAAGAUAAUCAAUUGUUAACUCAAUUAAUUCAAAGUCAUCUCUCGUUUAUAAUUGACUUAAACUUUGAUAUCAAUUCAAAAGAGCAAACGAUUGGGAAGAAGAGGUCACUUCAGACGCCAAGUGAUACUAUUUUUGGGUCACCACUAACUCAAGAGGGCAUCUGUUGUGUUAAUCAAUUGAUUGAAUUCAUCACAAAUGAUAAAAACAUCUUAAAUGAAGGCAUAUUCCGGAAGAGCGGAAGUACUGUAAGACAAAUGGAGUUAAAAGAGUUGAUAUCAAUGGGAGUGACGGUUGACUUAUAUGCCAAUCGGUUUACAGUUCACGACUGUUGCAGUGUUUUGAAGAGAUUUAUUUCAGAACUUCCCGAACCACUAAUGACUGAAUCAAAGUAUCCUUUUUUGAAGAAAAUCUCACAAUUAUGUGAUACUAUUACUUCUCCUACGAAGACAUCGAAGAAAUUAACUGCAAUUCAAUUAAUUUUACUUUUAUUACCGGCGCCUAAUAGACAACUGAUCCAUGAAUUGCUGUCUUUAUUUGAUAAAGUGAUCUCUAAUGUUGAACAAAACAAAAUGACUUCAAUAAGUUUGGCCACAAUUUUUGCACCGCAUUUGUUUUGUCCGCGAAGUUUCUCAGCCAUUGAAUUACAGCAACAUUUGGAUUUAUUUACUCAGACAUUGAUUUUUAUGAUUGAUAAUUCAGAAUUUGUAUGUUUACCACCAAAACAGUUGAUUCUUGAUGUGGAUAAACAACUUGAACUGAUUGAAAACAAUAAGUCUGAGAGCACAACAUCGUUGGCAGCCGUAAACACUGGCCAUCAGUUUUGUGUUCAAAACAAUAACACUUCUGACGACUUUACGUCAGCUCAAGUCGCUCAACUUUACGCUUAUAUCCAAAGUAUGCCAAACUCUGGAACUCCAAUGAAGAAAAAAUGGAUCAAACGUUUCAAUAGAGAGAAUGGAAAGGGAACACCACUUUUGAAACAAAAGAAUUUCGACAAUUCUAACAAAAAGUUAAAGACAUCGAUUGGAAGUGUACUCAAAGCUGGACAACAGUUUUUAUUUGGCACUAACUCCGACUCAGAAAUUGCAAAACAAAAAUUAAGUAAAAAUCUCUUUACUUCUCCAUUAAGUUGUUGUUCUGAGAAGUCAUCUCCAACUCCAACCAAACUUAAUCAUCAAAUGUAUAAUAAGACUGACAAUUGUCAACCAAAUCCCGAGUCAUGUGUCACACCAUUAAGUGCUAGCAUUGAAAAUGCUAACAAAAAAAUAAGAUUAAGUGUUCGUAAAGUCGGUAAUCGGGAACCAAUUAUUAUGUAAUAUUAUUAUACAUUUGUAAUUAGUUUUAUU